AUGACUGUGGCUGAAAUUGUCUAUCAAGUCUGGCUGUUUGGAGAAGUUUUGUGCAAGCUAAGCGGUUACCUCCAAGGUAUCUACAUUGGUGCCAGUGUUUUGACCAUAGUGUGUAUGAGCAUUGACAGAUACUUUGCGAUUCGCUAUCCCAUGAUAAAUCGUCGGAUAUUUACAAUCGGCAAAGUGAAGAUUCUCAUUGGAUUCACGUGGCUUUUGGCAGCUGGUGUUAUGCUUCCGUUACCCAUAGUUCGUCAGCUCCAAGUCCACAAUAACAUUGCCGGGAUACCCGGCUUCCGGUUAGAAUACUGUACGGAAAGAUGGUUGCAUCAUCGAGACAGGCAGAUCUACGACAUUUUUCUUUUGGUGUUCAUCUAUAUUCUCCCAGGGUUCCUCAUCGCCUUCCUGUAUGCGCACAUGGGCUGCAAGUUGUGGAGACGCGACGAAAGUCUUCAGAGACAGAACUCGUGCAUGAACAACGAAAACAAGGUUUUGUUAGGAAGGCGACGAUUGGCUCUCAUCAUGACGAUUAUCUCCCUGUUGUUUGCCGUCUGCUGGCUUCCUUACUACAUCUUCGUAAUCUGCAUGGACUUCGACGGUCAGAUGUCACGCGAUCUAAUUACACUGUACCCGUUUGCCUUGCUUCUGGGUCAUACGAACUGCGCCCAGAAUCCCAUUCUGUACUGUUUUAUGCAUCGAGGAUUCAAAGUGUGUGUCGUGCGCAUAAUCAAGUGUCAGUGCAAAAAGCUACGUGGUCAAACAAGGGUGAGUAAUUUUGUGAUCUAUGCCGUGGGUAUGUCAACACCGGGCAUUGCCGAUCAGUGUCGAGAGGUUCCAGAUAAUGCCGAGUGCGAUUUCUCAGCCCCCAUAUCCGGUUAUCCGUUGAACGCAUCCACACUCCCUCAAAUUUAG